CUCCCUCUAGCCUACAUCCUGUGCUCUUACCAGGCGAUCCCCGGGAAGUUCCACCUCUUGGAGACCUCGGACCGCAGCAUAAGCCUCAAAAGCCACUUCAAUGUCCCCUCUCACGUGCUCCGGAAGACCAUGUCUUCCCGGCUGUCCAAGGAACUGCGGCAGAAGUACAACGUCCGCUCCGUGCCCAUCCUCAAGGACGAUGAGAUCCAGGUGGUUUGAGGACACUCCAAAGGUCAGCAGGUCAGCAAGGUAGUCCAAGUGUACAGAACUCAGCCUGUCAGCUACAUCAAGCAGGGACAUGAGACGACUAACAGCACAACUGUCCACGUGAGCAUCCAACCCAGCAAGGUGGUUAUCGCCAGGCUGGAACCAGACAAAGACAGGGGAAAAAUUCUUGAAUGCAAAGCCAAGUCUCGGCAACUUGGGAAAGAGAAAGGCAGUGCAGGGAGCUCACUGAGGAUACAGGAGUGAACAGCCUGGCAUGCAACCAGGGCUGACUGCAGAGGCCGUGUCUGGUGUCUGCUUCAAACUUUUCAGAGUGUGUCUGAUGAGUUUCAUUGUCCACCUGUUUUGCUACUGACCUGUCACUCUUGUAAAUCUCCUUUUGCAGUUUUGAUAAUUUAUGAAUAAAAAUUGGAGCUGUUUUCUAAUGU